GUGGAACGGGCAAAUCCGAGCUAACUGUUAGCCGCCGGCGAGUAAGAAGCUGGUUUCAGCUUGACGUUGAUGUGAAGCCGAGCAGUUUUAAGGAUGUCUGAAGGCUUCCUGAUGGAGGUAUGUGUGGAUUCCGUUGAGUCAGCGAUAAACGCAGAAAGGGGAGGUGCUGGCCGUAUUGAGCUGUGCUCCAGCCUGCUGGAAGGUGGCAUCACACCCAGCAUUGGUCUGCUGCAGGUGGUUAAAGAGAAUGUGCAGAUCCCUGUUUACGUGAUGAUCCGGCCCCGUGGCGGAGACUUCCUCUACACGGAUCGGGAGGUGGAGGUGAUGAGGAGGGACGUUGAGCUGAUGAAGAUCCACAGGGCUGAUGGCCUAGUGCUGGGGGCGCUGACAGAAGACGGACGGGUGGAUGCUGAGCUCUGCAUGGAGCUGCUGGCUGUUUGUCGACCUCUGCCAGUUACUUUUCACAGAGCUUUUGAUAUGGUCCACGAUCCCUCGGUUGCCUUAGAAACACUGGUCUCCCUGGGCUUUGAGAGGAUUUUGACCAGCGGCUGCGACAGCUCUGCGUUGGAGGGCUUACCUCUCAUCAAGCGCCUUGUGGAACAGGCAAAAGGCAGAAUAAUUAUAAUGCCAGGAGGGGGCAUCACUGAGCGCAACCUCCAGAGGAUUCUGGAAGGCUCCGGCGCCCAGGAGUUCCACUGCUCUGCCCGCUCCGGCAAAGACUCGGCCAUGAAAUUCAGGAACUCCAGCGUGAACAUGGGAGCGUCCCUCUCGGCACCCGAAUACUCGCUGAAGGUGGCCGACGUGGCUAAAGUGCGCACUCUGAACGCCAUCGCCAAGAACACUCUCUAGGGGUACCGUGGGCCGAGCUUUGGAAGGGAGCAGGUCCUCCUUGAGUUGGAGCAGGUCCCUGCGUCCACCACACCUCACUCACCGAUAAAGAACGAUGCCGGCUCGGAGUCAAAGAUAAUUCUAUUUUUGAUGUUUACAAACCUCAACAAUUUUUUUAUGCUUUGUGUCUUGUUUGCUUUCUCUGGUGCACGACGCCCCUGUAUGUACAUUCAUGUUUGAAUUCCAUCCGACUGCAGGCUCCAGCGCUCAAGUGCGAUUUGUUGUUCUUCUUUAUCUGAUUUGCUUGCUUAGACCAGCUGUCAGCGUGUGGCUGUUUGCUGAAAUAACUGCUUGUACCUGAUUAUGGUCUAAAUUGGGGGGGGGGGCCUGGAUGAGUCUUUAAGGAAAUUACUACACUGUGGAGAAGAAUCUGGAUUCUGUCAUUGCAGCUUUAUUCAGUCUUGACUUUGUCGUCAGCACACCUGUGCUUUUUGUUCCUGGAAUUAAACACUUCAACUGGUUUUCAAA